AUGAACCGGCAAACUUACAGCGUGAGAGCUGGAGGUGGAGGCAGACCUUACAGCACUGCCUCAGCUAUUGUUCCAAGCAGCAACAGGGCUGGCUUUAGCUCUGUGUCUGUGGCACGAUCUGGAGGAGGUGGAGGUGGUUUUGGAAGGCUCAUUGGAGGAGGUGGCGGUGGUGGGUUUGGCAGCAGAAGCCUCUACAACCUUGGUGGUAGCAAGAGAAUAUCCAUUGGUGUUGGAAGCAGCUUCCGAGCUGCCUUUGGGAGUGGAGCUGGUGGUGGCUCUGGCCUGGGAGGUGGUGGUGGCUGUGGACUUGGUGGUGGUGGAGCUGGUGGCAGUCUUGGACUUGGUUUCGGUGGUGGAGGUGGUGGAUAUGGCUUUGGUGGAGGUGCUGGUGGGCUUGGCUUUGGUGGUGGACCUGGAGGUGGUGGAGGGUUUGGCUUUGGUGGAGUAGGGGGUCUGGGAGGGUUCAGUGGAGGGCUGGGUGGUGGCAGGAACCCAAUGGGAUUUGGUGGUGGCCCACCUGGAAUGGGUACAAUCCAAGAAGUGACUGUCAACCAGAAUCUCCUGGCACCACUGAACCUGGAGAUAGACCCAAACAUCCAUCAGGUGCGAAAAGAUGAGAGGGAGCAAAUCAAGACCCUCAACAACAAGUUUGCUUCUUUCAUCGACAAGGUUCGCUUCCUGGAGCAGCAGAACAAAGUGCUUGAGACCAAGUGGACCCUCCUGCAGGAACAGGGUCAAAAAACCAGCUCAGGCAAAAGCAGCCUGGACCCACUCUUCGAGGCUUACAUCAACAACCUGAAACGGCAGCUGGCCACGCUGCUCAAUGAGAGAGGACGCAUGGAUGGGGAGCUGAAGAACAUGCAAGACCUCGUGGAGGAUUUCAAGAACAAGUAUGAAGAGGAAAUCAACCGGCGCACAGCAGCAGAGAAUGAAUUUGUGGUGCUGAAGAAGGAUGUGGAUGCUGCUUAUAUGAAUAAGGUGGAGCUGGAGGCCAAGGUGGAUGCUCUGAACGAUGAACUCAGUUUCCUCCGAGCCCUCUAUGAUGCGGAGCUGGCUCAGCUCAGUGCACAAGUGUCCGACACUGCCGUCAUCCUGUCAAUGGACAACAACCGGGACCUGGACCUCAGCAGCAUCAUAGCUGAAGUCAAAGCUCAGUAUGAAGACAUUGCUAACCGGAGCCGUGCUGAGGCAGAGGCUUGGUACCAAACCAAGUUUGAGGAGCUGCAGGCCACGGCUGGGAAGCACGGGGAUGACCUGCGCAACACAAAGGUGGAAAUCUCUGAGCUCAACCGGCUGAUCCAGAGGAUCCGGUCAGAGAUAGAGAAUGCGAGGAACCAGUGUGCCACCCUGCAGACAGCCAUUGGAGACUCUGAGGAGCGUGGGGAGCUGGCCCUCAAAGAUGCCAAGGCAAAGAUGAUUGACCUGGAAGAUGCUCUGCAGAAAGCUAAAGCUGAUAUGGCCCGGCAGCUCCGUGAGUACCAGGAGCUCAUGAACAUCAAACUGGCCCUGGACAUCGAGAUCGCAACCUACAGGAAGCUGCUGGAGGGAGAGGAGAGCAGGCUGAGUGGAGAAGGACUCAAUCCCGUCAGCUACUCUGUCAUCAGCUCCAGCUCUGCCAUGGCUGGUGGAGCUGGGUUAGGAGGAGGAUUUGGUGGACUGAGCCUAAGUGGAGGAGGUGGUGGAAGCGGUUUUGGUCUUGGAGGAGGCGGUGGAAGCGGUUUUGGCCUUGGAGGAGGCGGUGGCGGAGGCUACAGCUUUGGAAGUGGAGGAGGACUUGGACUUGGGGGUGGUGGUGGCCUCGGAGGUGGAUUUGGAGGAGGCAGUGGUCUCAGCAUUGCAAGUGGUCUUGGCUAUGGAGGAGGUGGCGGCAGCGCUCUGAGCACCAGCGGAGGGAAUUUUAGUUCUGGAAGUGCAAAAGGCUCCAACCCAGGAGUGAAAAUCGUCUCUAAAACCUCCUCCAGCAAAAAGAGCAUAAAAAGUCAAAGCCUGAAGAAUGCUACGGACCCCGAGCUCCCAAGCUCUCCCAUCACAGGGGUUUCUGUCUCCAUCGCCCUCUGCUCUCUUCCUGCUGCGCAGCUUUUAUUUCCCAGCCUUUUUUUUCCCCUCCUUCUCCUGUUCUUUGCAUUUGCAAUCGAUCAAGACACCAUGAGUCGGGUCUCUAUCAGAUCAUCUACUGGAGGGGGCGUGAGGGGCUUUAGCUCAGGCUCUGCUAUCGUAGGAGGUGGCAGUGGUACCAGAAGCAGUUUUAGCUCCGUCUCUGUCUCCAGAGUUGGAGGAGGAAGAGCCGGAGGUGGAGGAGGCUUCGGAGCUGGUGGUGGCUUCGGCAGCAGAAGUCUCUAUAACCUAGGUGGAAGCAAGAGAAUUUCCUACAGCUCAGUCGGAGGUCUACGGAGUGGAGCCAGUGGUGGAUACUGCUUUGGUGGAGGAUCUGGCUUUGGUCUUGGCUAUGGUGGUGGAGCAGGAGCUGGUUUUGGCUUAGGAGGUGGUGGUGGCGGCUAUGGGCUGGGCAGUGGAUUUGGGAUGGGAGGUCCCGGAUUUGGUGGUCGAGGUGGCCCCGGGUUCCCUGUUUGCCCACCUGGUGGCAUCCAUGAAGUGACUGUCAACCAGAGCCUCCUCGCACCCCUCAAGCUGGAUAUUGACCCAGAAAUCCAGAAGGUGCGAACGCAGGAGCGGGAGCAGAUCAAGACCCUCAACAACAAAUUUGCUUCCUUCAUCGACAAGGUGCGCUUCUUGGAGCAGCAGAACAAAGUGCUGGAGACCAAGUGGAGCCUGCUCCAAGAGCAAGGUCACACAGUCACCAGGAAGUCCCUGGAGCCCCUUUUUGAAGCCUACAUCAACAACCUCAGACGGCAGCUGGACAGUCUUAUGGGAGAGAGGGGACGGUUGGACACUGAACUGAGGAACAUGCAGGACAUGGUGGAAGACUUCAAGAACAAAUAUGAAGAUGAGAUCAACAGACGCACCGGUGCAGAGAAUGAGUUUGUCGUCCUCAAGAAGGAUGUGGAUGGUGCUUACAUGAACAAGGUCGAGCUGCAGGCCAAAGCAGAUCAGCUGGCAGAUGAAAUCAACUUCCUGAGAGCUCUCUAUGAAGCGGAAUUGUCCCAAAUGCAGCAGCAAGUAUCCGACACCUCCGUGGUCCUGUCCAUGGACAACAACCGUAACUUGGACCUCAACAGCAUCAUUGCAGAGGUCAAAGCGCAGUAUGAGGACAUCGCCAACCGGAGCCGGGCUGAGGCUGAGGCUUGGUACCAAAACAAGUAUGAGGAGCUCCAGGUCUCCGCUGGGCGACACGGGGACGACCUGCGCAACACCAAGAUGGAAAUCUCAGAGAUCAACCGAGUGGUCCAGAGGCUGCGGAAUGAGAUCGAGAGCGUGAAGAAGCAGUGUGCCAACCUCCAAGCAGCCAUCGCUGAGGCAGAGGAGCGUGGGGAGCUGGCCCUCAAGGAUGCCAAGGCCAAACUGUCUGAGCUGGAGGAUGCUCUGCAGAAGGCCAAGGCAGACCUGGCCCGGCAGCUCCGUGAGUACCAGGAGCUCAUGAACGUCAAACUGGCCCUGGACAUCGAGAUCGCGACCUACAGGAAGCUGCUGGAGGGAGAGGAGAGCAGGCUUGCUGGAGAGGGCGUCGGAGCCGUGAGUGUCUCCGUGGUCAGCAGCUCCAGCGGGAUGGGCUACGGUGGCGGCAGCUCUCUGGGCAUGGGAGGAGGUUUCGGUAUGGGAGGCGGUGGUGGAGGCUACAGCAUGAGCAGCGGCUUCGGAGGAAGCGGAGGCUUCGGUGGGGGGCUCAGCUAUGGUGGAGGAAGCACCUUCAGCUCCGGGAGCAGCCGAGGCGUCAGCUCCAGCACGGGAGGCAGUGUGAGGAUCGUUUCCAAGACCACCACUAGCAAAAAGACCAUCAGAUAAGGAUGCUGAGCACAGGAACCCCCUCCGCGGAUGCUGACGACGUGUUUCCUGCCUUCGGAAAGCAAGUGCUGCCCUAUGGAUCGAUGGUGUAAAUAGCUACGCUAGACCCUCUCCUUCCUCCGUCCUCAUCCCUCCACCUACAGGGCAGUGGGGGGAGACCAGAAUCCCACCACGAGAAUCUGGAGCAUCUUUGGCUAAGGCAUAGGUUGUAACUGGUCACCGACAGGGCUUUGGGGAGCUGUGGUGGCCCUCUUUCAGCACAGUCUUUAUUCUUCCCCUGCUCUCCUUCUGGAGUCGCAUUUAAAGCAAAGUGGGUGCACUUUGUUGAAUGGGGAUAACUGCGUUUGGUUUCACUCAUCCUAAAACAAGGGUGACAGCCUUGUGAAUCCUCAGUCCUGGGUCCGCAGCAAUGAAAACAGCUCUCAGAUGCUCUGAAAGCCUCUGUCCACAACCCACGUUACAACCUCCAAAUGUUGUCUGCAACUAAAGAUACUUUUUUCCAGCCCCUUCUGUUUUCUCAGGCACCUGUGGGAAAGGUUAUUGCUUUCUGUGUGUAUGAAUGAUUCCUAACACUGAUUCCUAACCCCUUGUCCUCAUGGCUACAGCCUCUUCACUUCCACGCCUACCAUACUGUAUGGUCCAAUAAAGAGCAUUUGUAAUUUUUAAAACC